AUUUUCCCGCCAGAAAAAGGAAAAAAAAUGAGAAUUGCAGAAAUCUCAACGCCGGAACACCGUCAAGCAGCCGCCGCACAUGACUCGCAGUCCCCUACCCAUCAUCAACACAAUCACAUCAUUUCUCAAAUCGAGUCCAAAAUCAAACAAACAGAGACUCAUCCACCCGCGACUCCUCUACCCGACUCGCUCCCUUCUGAUCUCCGCCAACUUUUGACAAACCUCACUCAACUCGCUCCCUUUCCCGCCACCAACAAUUCUCUUAAACUCCACCUCUGGAAACUCAGUUACCGUCUCUGGAACGCCUGCGUCGACCUCUCAAAUGCUGCCGCCAUCCGCUCUCCCUCCUCCAAUUGCUCUCCUCAAAAUGUCGCUAAGCUUCGCCACGUGGCUUCUGAUAUGCUCUCCCUCGCUGUUGACGUCGUCGGAGUCCCUUCUCCGUUUAUCAAAUCUGCUUUGUUCUAUUACAAGACCGGUCUAGUAUGGCAUGAUCAUAAAAUCUUCGACCUAGCUUCUACAUGCUUCGAGAGAGCCACGGAUCUUCUCUCGAAACUCGAUGUAAGUAAAAUAUCGGACGCAGGAGAGAGGAAACUUCUUUUAGAUUUGAAUCUCGCGAGAUCUCGCACUGCAUGGGAGAUAUCAGAUAAAAAUCUCGCGUUAACGCUAUUGAAUCGGUCGAAAACUCUCCUUUUUGGUUCGUCGGUUCAUUUCAAAGCUCUGGCGGACCAGUUCUUAGCUUUCGCUAAAGUUGUUUUAUCGAAAAAAGAAAACAACGGUAGCUUCAACGAUGUGUUGAAGCUUCUGCACGAAGCGUUGGAUUUAUGCGAUAAAGGACUGUCUAUUGUACGAACAAGGGAAGAAACGGUGGAGAUCAAGGAAUUAAAAUCCAAAACGAUGCGUUUCAUCUCAGCUGUCCAUCUACGAAACGGAGAAUUCGAAAGCGUGAUCAAGUGCGUUAAAGUUUUAAGGGAAAACGGUGGUGAGGCUGGGGAUCACCAUGCUUCGUUGCCGGUUUUGGCAAUGAAGGCGUGGCUUGGGUUAGGGAGGUAUAGUGAGGCGGAAAAGGAGUUGAAGGACAUGGUUCUAAAUAAAGGGAUUCCGGAGGGCGUCUGGGUCUCUGCGGUGGAAACUUCUUUUCAGGUCGCCGGAAAUGCGGGGGUGGAAACUAUGAAGGGGGUAUUUUUGGGGUUGUUGGGACGUUGCCAUGUUAGUGCACGCGCUGCUGUGAGGGUGGUUCAUAGGGUGGUGGGGGACUAUAAUGGAAUUGAGGGGUCGGGGAUUAGAGCAAAGGUGGUGGCGGAACUGGUGGCGGUUGAGAGAGUGAUUGCCUUGUUUGCUAGUGAGGCUGUGGCGAAAGAGAGGACGGCCAUGCAUUCUGUUCUUUGGAAUUGUGGUUCAUGCAAUUUCCGAUUGAAAGAUUAUGAAACAAGUGCUGAGAUGUUUGAGAAAUCUAUGCUUUAUAUACCACAUAAUUUAGAGAACCGAGUUCUUCGAGCCAAGGGAUAUCGAGUUUUGUGUCUCUGCUACCUCGGUCUCACUCAACUUGAUCGAGCUCAAGAAUAUAUCAACGAGGCAGAAAAGCUUGAUCCAAACACCAUUUGUGCUUUCCUUAAGUUCAAAAUCUGUUUGCAAACGAAUGAUCAUUGUGGUGCUAUCAAUCAGAUACAAACAAUGAUAACCUGCCUGGAUUUUACUCCAGAUUUGUCUCUCUCGGCCCACGAGGCUGUUGCUUCCCGUGCUCUUCCUGUUGCUGUUGCUGUCCUUUCAAACUUUCUUAACUUUUGCAACUCUGGGAAACCAAUGCCAACAACAGAAGUUGUAGUGCUACGCACAUUGGUCACUAUUCUCUCUCAAGACCUUAAAGAGGUUGAAGUCCUCAAAUUCUUGAAACAAGCACACAAGAGAGCUUCUGAGCUUGGAGCCGAGAGCUUUUUUGGGAAAGGGGAAGUUGGAAGACGAGAACAUAAUUGGUUUGCUGUAACUUCAUGGAAUUUUGGAGCCAAGUGUGGGAAGGAAAAGAGCUACGAAUUAUGUGCUGAAUUUCUUAGUCGUUCCUGGAUUUAUGAUCUUAUGGGUGAUGGACAAAUGGAAGAAAACAAUGUCACAAUUUGCAGAUCAUUGAUUCUGUCUGUCUCUGCAAUGAUCACUUCAGAGAAACUAAAAAUGAUUCCAUUGACAAAUGCUGCAGUAAAGCAUGCUGCUGAGCUGCUAGAGAGAGCAGGGAAGAUACUGAAUUCACUAUCAGCGGGGAACAUUGAAGCUGACCUCUAUUUGAUAUACGUGCUCAAUGCAUAUGACAUGCACGGGAGGCUGAACAAUUUAGAGUCUCAACAACAUAUUGUGAAGAGCUUUGCCGGCACAAAGGCUUGCACUCCUCAAUACCUUCUCCAAAUUGGUCUGAAUGCCUCACAAGGUCCAAUGUUCAAUGCUGAAGUAGCAACCCUUUCCCUCAACGAGUGCCUCUCAGGCUUCAUUUCUUCCCCCUCUACAAACUACCAGGAUGUGGCUCUUAUUGUCCGAAAACUGAUUCUAAUCGCUAGUAUUCACAAGGGUAACACAGAUGAUUAUGCGGUUCUCAGUAUGUACAAGCAAGCAUACCGAAUAAUGGUCGGGUUGAAGGAAGGGGAAUAUCCAACUGAAGAGGGCAAAUGGCUUGCAAUGACUGCAUGGAAUCGGGCAGCCAUACCUGUAAGAAUGGAACAGAUCGAUGUGGCAAAGAAGUGGAUGGAUGCUGGGUUGGAAUUAGCUAGGAAGGUCGCUGGGAUGGAAACUUAUCAGGCAUACAUGGAGGAUUAUGUUGCUGAAUUUGAAAAGAAAUUUCAUAAACAGACUGCUGGUGGAAUACAGCCUUCGAUAUUACAGUAGCAGGUAUAAAUCCAUACACUUAACAAUGUUCCUUGAGUAAUGUCCAUAUAACAGUUAAACAUCUCAUAUUGUAUGUAUGCAUCUAUGUAUGUAUGUGUGUGUAUAUCGGUGCUAAAUGUAAUUCUACAGGGAAAAUAGCAUAAACAUUUUAUU